CCACGGGCAACCACCACGCAAACACCCUUCCCCCCCUCUCCUUCCUACAUGCCCGUCAGGUCAGCGUCUAGAACCACUUCGACUACUAGACUGUCACAGUUCGUGCCAGACUAGAUUAGAAAGGGUCUUUAGCUACAGCAUUUCAACAAACCCAUGCCAGGCCAUUCUUCGCCAGUGAAUGCGCCAUCCUGACCUGUGAUCCGCCGCCAUGUUGGCUCUCCGCGAUCAAGAGAACCUGGUACAUAAUCACCAGACUGUCGCCGCGUCGAAACCGCUGAACCAGGGCGCAAGACACCUACAACCAAAGACGCCUGGAGCUCGAGCACCCAAAACGCCUUUCAAGAUUCCGUUGAACGAUGAAAAUGACCCAUUGGCCUUUGGGAAGAAGACUGUGAAGGGGGCAGGUAAACAGAAGGAACCCGUCAAAGAUGCUUUUACGACUCCAUUGGCAGACCCUCGUCAACGCGCCCCUUUGGGCAUGAAAACCACGAAUGCCAAAGCUAGAGGCCUACAGACACCCGCGCCGCCUGGAGGAACCGCAAAGCCAGAGAAGACCCUUAAGAGAGGUUCGACACAGAGGGCCAAAAAGUUUUCCCCUUUUGUCGAACAAGCGCAGCCCGAAGUACACACCCAGUCUGUGCAGGAUGACAUUCCCGAUAUCGAGUACAUGCCGCCUAAGCCUAAAGGUCUUCCGGAUCAUCCUGAUGAGAUCAAAUACGAUACUACUUUCCCUCAAUUUCAGCCGAAGAACCUUGCUCGCGGAUUGGAAAGCGUGUAUGGAGCUGACAAUGAGAUUGGACCUGAUGGCCUCACCAGAAGAGAGCGCAAAUUUCAGAAAGAUUCAGCCGCUUAUGACAAAAUGAUUGAUGAUAUGAUCUUGAAGCAGGUCGAAAGCAUCGGUUUUGAUGAGGUGUCUGAAUCAGAACAUGAGAAGCCUACUGUGGACGAGACGAUAACACGCCCUGUCGGAACUCGUCGUACCAGGGCCACUACAAGACUGACCCAAGGUACCAGCAAUGUAUCUACCGUACGUGCUCGCGAUGCUGCUACCGCUCUCUCCGGCACAUACCGAUCGGUUCCCCGCACUCGAUCCUCUACUUCGACCAAACCAAAGACAAGGGUGACCACGUCUUUAUUUCCUGCAAGAAAGUCGGGCGUGCGAAGCAAUCCGUCAAGCAUGCAUCGCACCGCAGCUGAGGCAAAUUCCAAAUCGACUUUGGGGUACACUCGCGGUCGCGAGGUAUCAUCUAGAAUGAGUAGCAGGACAACCACCCCGAUUAAGCAGGAUACGGUUCCAAAGGGCAUAUUAUCACCGGAAACUUACAUGCAUCCCCCCGGCUUGGUCGCUGAUGAGCAGCUCCCAGUCUACGAGGAAGAUGAGGAAGCUCAAAAUUUCCAGUUGACGUUGUGAAGACGAGUUCGUACAUGGGAUUGAGUGAUGACAUCCCAAGUACAUAUUCCGGUGUCUAGGGGCAAAGGGGAUCCUUGUGAUUCCAUGGUGUUAUGCAUGCUUUAUUUCUUCACUCUUUUUUUUUUCACGAGUUUUGAGUUUAUUGUGAUCUUAUUGUUCGACAAAGCAUGAUGGGUAAAUGACUCUGCGCGGACAGCAGUGAUGAAGGUAUUAAGGGGCGUUCGUUGCGUAUGAAGUGAUUUUAAAGAUUAUGAUUACAAGCAGCAUUUAGCUUAUGGGGAGCUUCUAAUGUCAUGACGCAGGGGAAGAUGGGAGCUAAAGAGAUCGACAAGGCAAUGGGUGCAAGUUACGUGUCAUAGGGUACUUAGCAAGUUAGCAUUGAU